AUGAGUGUCGAGAUAGUAAAAUUAGCGGACGCUCAAAUAAAUCUUUUCGGAAAGAUCGCUCGCACUGGCGAGAAUCUCCGUAAAAUUGGGACUGCAAAAACCACUCAAGGGAUCGUCGAAGCUUGCCUGCAGGGCCUGGAAAAAAAGUGGAGCAAGUUCGAUCAACAGGACGAUGAGCUCUUUCCUCACCGAGAUGCGCUUCUAGACCAUGAGUAUUACAAGCAGGAUUUACCUUUUCUGGCCGAGGAAGCCUACCUGCAACAAAAGGGCGCUCUCUUGGAACUCCUCCAGGGCUUUAACAAAAGGGAAGCGAAAGCGGCUGCGGGAGUUGAUUCUCUGCCAUCCCAUCCCCCUCGCACUACGCUGCCGCGGAUCCAACUGCCGCAUUUCUCGGGGAAGUACGAAAACUGGCCAGCCUUCAGGGAUCUCUUCAACUCCAUAAUUGAAAGGGAUGUCUCUAUAACGCAAAUAGAAAAAUUACAUUAUUUGAAAACCUGUUUGAAGGGCGAAGCUGAAUUAUUGAUCCGCGAUCUAUCUACAACGUCCGAGAAUUUCACUAGAGCCUGGGACACGCUAAGCGCGUACUAUGAAAAUAAGAGACUCCUAGUGCGUGUUUACUUCUACUUUUUUCGCACUCCCAAAGAUUAA